AAAUCAAUGACGGGUAAUAUUCCCAGAAUGCGCUGCGCCGCGGAAACCCUUCUAUCUGGGUGGAGGCUUUCCGCAGCAGCACAAAAGGCGGCGGCGGCGGUAGCGGAGUUGAAGGUCAUUCUUUUUGAACAUCCUGGUUAAAUGGAGAUGAAUGUGCAGACAUGCGAGGUUUCCCCACUGGAAGAAUGUGGAUCACCUUCACAGGGUCAGGGUCCUUCAGAUUCCCAGAAGCAAAACCGGUACCGGUGUUCAGUGUGUGGAAAGGGUUUUACUUACCCAUCGCAUUUGGAGGUGCAUUUCCGAGUUCAUACUGGGGAGAGACCAUUUGAAUGUCCUGUGUGUCAGAAGGGAUUUUUCAAAGUUACUUACCUAACACGACACCAGCGCAUUCAUACAGGAGAUAAGCCAUUUCAGUGCAGUUUGUGUGAGAAGCGAUUUUAUCGGUCCUUUGAAGUAACAAGGCAUCAGCAGACACAUGGUGGAGAGAAACCGUUUGAAUGUCAUGUGUGUAAAAGGCGAUUUUAUACAUCUGGUAACAUGAUGCAGCAUUUGCGAGUUCACACUGGAGAGAAACCGUUUGAGUGUACUCUGUGUAAAAUGCGAUUCUCCAGAUCCAGCAACUUGAUUGAACAUCUGCGCACUCACACCACUGAGAAGCCCUUUGAAUGUGCCUUGUGCAAAAAAUUGUUUCGAAACUCUGGUGGACUGGCAAAGCAUCAGUAUUUGCAUAGUGGCUUGAAACCGUUUCAGUGCCAGGUGUGUGGAAAGGGCUUUGUGCAGCAGACUCAUUUGAUGAAGCAUCAGAGUUCUCAUAAUCAAGAAAAGAUUUGAAACCAAUGGCACACAGAAAGGAAAUGCAUAGUUAACACAAAUUGUACAUUAAUAUUCAGUGGCAUACAAAAAAAAGACUGACUGACCUGAAUGCAGUUGGAGAGACACGUGCAUCGAAAUGCACAUGUCUAUACAGAUGAACACACAUAAAUUGGAUAUGGACUCAUGCACAUACAGCACACAUACACAUGGAUACUGUAACAAAGACGUAGGCAACAUCUAAAAUUUUGGGGAAGGGUUGGACUUGGGGGAGUUUCAUUUGACUGGGAGGUAGAACUCAGAAAUACUGCAGCACCUAGGAAGGCCAUUCUACUCUUUGUCUCUGCCAGGUCUUUGGUAAUUCUAUUCAAUCAGUUUCUGCACAUUGUCAGCCAGACCUUUCCCCCAUUAUUUUAUGCUUCUUUGAGGGGGACAAUGUCUUGUUAACAUUUUUGAUUUGCAUUUUAGGAUUUUAAAGCUGCACAAUUCAACUUUCCCAGUCGAUGUGGGGAUUAUAUCCAUGAUAUGUGCAUGUUUUUUAAAUUUUAUUCAUACAUGGGAUGAAAAUGCUGCUGGUUAGGCCAGCAUUUUUUGCCCAUCCCUUUUUGCUCAGAGCGCAGUUAAAAGUCAACCACAUUGCUGUAUGUCUGAAGUCACAUUUCGGCCAGACCAGGUAAGGAUGGUAGUUUCCUUCCCGAAAGGACAUUAGUGAACAAAAUGGGUCUUUCCUGACAAUCGAUGAUGGAAUCAUCGUCAACAUUAGGUUUCCAGAUUUUUUUAAAAAUUCAAAUUCCACCGUCUUCUGUGGUGGGAUUCAAACCUAGGCCCCAGAACAUUAUCUGGGUCUCUGGAAUAACAGUCCAGCGAUAAUACCACUAGGCCAUCACCUUCACUGAGGCUGACAUUUAUUGUCCAUCCUAGUUGCCUUGAAGGUGUUGGUGGGCCCACCAUCUAUCAAUCAUAGUUCUGUUUUCAUAAGUCUUAUUUGACUACUUCAGAGGAGACUUGAAGUUCAGUCAUAUUUCUGAAGUCAUUUGGGCUAUAUUUAGAAAUGACAGGAUUCUUCCCUUGAAGGACCGUCAUGAACCAGCUGGUUUUUAUAAAUGACAAUCCAAUGGCUUCAUGCUUUCAAUUAUUGAUAUCAAUUUGUUACGAAGGUACAAGCUAUAGCACAGUUAGUGUUAUUCUGACCUCUGAGUCAAAAGGUUGUGCAAUCGAGUCCUACUCCAGACCAGGAUAGUCCUUAUGGAGGACUGAAGGAAUGGUGCACUGUUGGAGGAUAAACUAUGCUUUGAUAUGUCUGCUUGGGUGAAUGGCCUUAUUGGAACAAGUGGCUUGCAGGGGAAUUGUCUCUGAUAAACGUUGACCAAGACACCAACUGGUCAUUAUUAAAAACCAGAUUAUCUGUUUGUGGGAGUUUUCUUUACCCAAUUUGGCUGUGCGUUCCCUACAAUUACAGCACUUCAAAAACACAUAAUUAGUUUUGGAGUUCUUUCAGACAUUCUGAACUCAUGAAAGGCAAACUCUUUCUUCACUUCCAGACUCUAGAGUUCUCAGACUGUAAUUGUGAGAUUUGAACUCAAAGUUCCUACAUUGCUAGUCCAGGAACGUGACUACAUCACAUUUACCAUAAUCAACUAUACAGAGAUGUGAUCAAAAGGAAAUGUGUAUUGUUUGUUUCUAACUGUCACAAUUCGGUGCAAGGCAAAUUUCUUAAGUUUCCCUUUGUUAAAUAAAACUUUAAUCAGAAACCCAAACUUUGGCAAUUAACAGAAAUUUCAGCAGUGCUGGAUAUUGGCUGUAACUUUAGACAAAUGUUGUCAACCAAAGCAGACAACAGAAAGAACAACGGGAAGUUUAUUUUUAGUUAUUAAAAAUCAGUGAGUUCAUUUUUAUUUAAUCAAAAUUAAACUUUAUAAUCUGCAUGUUCACCUGUAUCACCAGUAACACUAUACAAAUUAUCUAACGUGAGUUAUUUUCUUUGUAAUAAGUUUCUGCAUUGUACACUAAAAUAAAUUAGUUAUAUAUAUGAA